AUUAUUUUUUUUAAACCACUCUAAUCUUGUCCGUCUUCCAAGAUGGCGUGAGAUGUUCAAUCGCUCAAGCUGUCAGGUCUGUAUCUCUAACUCUGCAAUAGAUCGCCGCCGGAUCAGAAAGUUAUGUUGGCGGGGCGAGGGAUAGAGAAAAAGCGGCGGCGCUUAUGUGCGGGGAAAUGUCGCAACGCGCAAUGUUCGUCGUUUGGCAGAGAGCAGCGGCUUUGUCCUUGUUGCUGGCUCCAAAUUCAUAUUUGGUUCACUAGGGAAUUAGAAAUCCAGAGAACAUUUCUGGCAUUAUAUUGCUUGGUUGGUUGACUAUCUGUUCCGAUGUAAGAGUUUCCAGUAAAUGUAAGCUGAGAGCAGUGAUCAUCCGUAGCUCAAAAGCGGAGCGUAUGUAUGUAUGGAUUUGGAGGAAAGGCCAAAGUUCCAAUAUGAAGUCAUUGGGAAGAUGCACCAAAAUUUUGCAUCCAAAAUAAAUGUCAUUUCAUCUGAGAUAUUGGGAAGCUGUAACAGGAAUCAAGACACAAACGAAAUAGUGCUCUCCAUGUUUGGUGCUCUUUCAACUUUGAAAUGGAUUGCAAAGGGAGUAGUUGCCUUAGCAGCUUUUGCCAUCAAUUAUGGAGAAUUUCGGCUUCUUGUCGAGCAACACUCCUCAGAUUCUACAGCCAAAUUGCUAUCAUUACUUGAGAACGUGCCGGCAGACUUUUUUGAAGAGGAUCUCUAUAUCAACAUUGCCAAACUAGCCAAGGCUGCAAUGGAUCUGAUUAAGUACCUUUGGAGGGUGAAGUACUUGUAUGUUAAUCACAUUAGUUCUAAAACACCAAUAGAAGAUCUGGACGCAAAACUUCAUAUUGCUAUCUAUUGGAUAAUUCAGAGUAUUGUGAUUUGCCAAUCCAUUAUCACAAACCUUGCCAGCACAGGAUACGAGAGCAUAUCUUCUACCGCAGAGCAGUGGGAGCUAUAUUAUCUAACGGAGAAAGUGACUGAGCUUCACCAACAAAUUGAAAAAGAAACAUCUGAAAAGCUAUGGAGGCUUUUCCCCCAGAAGAAUAUCACCAUUCUAACAGAUGUGAUCUGCUGUGAGGACCAUAUGCCCGUGCCACUUAUUGAUGGUGACACUAAAAUUCCACAAAAAGUUGAUAUGUUGAAGAAUAAACCAGUGCUGCUAUAUAUUUCAAACCUUGAUCCACUUGAUGAUGAAAUUGAAACUGUGAAACGGGUACAUGCUGCACGUAAAGAUGAGUUCCAAUUUGUCUGGUUGCCAGUCUUUGAUAAAUCCGAAGAUUGGAAUGAGCAAACAUAUGAAACGAAACGAAAAUUAAUGCCAUGGCUUGUUGUACGGAAGCCUCAAUUGCUAGAUGGGACCAUUGUUAAAUUCAUUGAGAAUGGUUGGGAGUUCAAGAAGAGAUCAAUAAUUGUUGCAUUUGAUAGAUAUGGCAACAUUGUGAACAAAAAUGCAUUACCUAUGAUUCUCAUUUGGGGAAGCAAGGGGGCUUAUCCUUUCACUGAUGACAAGGAGACAGAGCUCUGGAAAUCUCAGACAUGGAGUUUAAAGUUACUGCUCCCCCUCCCUGAAUUUACAUCAGAAACUAAAGAUCAUGAAAAGAUCACUCAGUUGGAUCAAUGGAUUAAAGAUGAGAAGAAUUACAUAUGCAUGUAUGGCGGAAAAGACAUAGAAUGGAUCAAGAGAUUCGAGGCCAGAGUGGGAGCUAUUGCAAAUGAUUUGAGUAUUCCCCCUGAUAAUAUGAAGAUGCUUAACCUAGACAGCUUGAGUGUGGCUUGGAUAACAUGGGCGAGGAUUGAGGCAAUAUUUGUUUCUCGUUCCAAACAAGUAAAUGAACAAAGUGAUGAUCCAAUCAAAGAGGGAGCCCUGACAAUGUGUAGCUUCCACUGGAGUCGUCGUGGCUGGGCAAUCAUCAGUGAAUGCUCAAGUAAUUCAAUGGCCAAAGCGUUGGGCAACGUUAUGCUUAACUGCUUGAAUAAGUGCAAACCUGAAGAGUGGAAAAAGAAUGGCCUUGUGAAGUCUUUGAAUGCUUGUAUAUCAAAGAGUUGCGAGACCUUACAUUUCCUGCCAACAUUUCCGGAGAUACCCAAAAUGAGAGUUUGCUCCCAAAGUAUCUGUGGUCGUCCAAUGAGGAAAUCCGUCACCUUCCAUUGCUUGGGUGAUAAAAAAACACAGAGUACCACUGAUCCAACGGCAAAGACCUGAGGCGGUCCACUGAUCCAUAAAAAGGGAGGGGUGCUUCUUCAGGUACCAUUAACCCCAAAUUUCCACUCAUCAAUUCUCUUGUAGAAUCUCAAUCUUGAAUGCCCCUGUUUGUACUCUGAGACUCCCAAGUCCUAAACUAAAUCUUCAACACUAUUUCUUCAUUUGUUUUAUAAUUAGUGUGUGAAUUUCCUUCAGUGGUGUUUUGUUUUGGAUGACACAUGAUUAUCAUAACUUGUGUGUAUUUAUUUCUCGAUUUCAUAUGAUGAUAUUCCUCAUCAUAAGCACCAUAUGUAUAAAUAGUGUUUUGGUGAUGGAGCAUGCCAUCUGUUACUAUAA